AAGCAGCCACCUGACUCAAAUUCGACCAGAGCAAUUUAUCACUGUCUAUCCGACGAUACACGAUCCCAUAAACUAACUAAACGAGAGGGAAAAUCAACAAUUAUGGUAGGUACUAAACGAGAGGGAAAAGCAACAAUUAUGGUAGGUAGGUGUGAUACGUACGAAUACACGUUCGGUCGGUGCAGUUUCCGAUUCCAAGGCUUUGUCGGUUUCGCGACCUGUCUGUCAAAUGUGCGGCACUGCGUAACGUUGGGCACUGCUGAGCUGCGAUGUCAACAGCCAAGAGGAAGAGGGCCAAAAGGGCCCUCGUACAAGACGACGAGAUCGAAGGGCCGACGAAACACCGGGCGGUUGCAGUGUCGCGCUCCGUCCGACUAUGCCGGUCUUUCUUUGGUGUGUCCUGCGAGCGGCUGGCACGGGCCCUGCUAGGCAAGGUGCUGGUGCGACGGCUGCCCGACGACACCCUGCUGCGCUGCAGGAUCGUCGAGACCGAGUGCUACCCGGGCGGCGACGACCGCGCGUCCAGCUCGUUCCAAGGCCGACGCACCGAAAGCAAUGAGCCCCUGUACAUGGAGCCCGGCACGGCGUACGUCUACCUCACGUACGGCAUGUACCACUGCUUCAACAUAUCGAGCGAAGGUGACGGCUCGGCCGUGCUACUACGGGCCGCAGUGCCCAUCGAAGGCCUCGAGUUCAUGCGGACGCUACGCGGCGCCAGACGCAAAGACUGCGGCAGGGGCCUCAAGGAGCGCGAGCUGUGCAACGGCCCUGCCAAGCUGUGCCGGGCCAUGGCCAUCGACAAGGCAGCGCUGAACAAGGAGUUCCUGCCGGACAGCCAGGCCCUGUGGCUCGAGCAGGACGGCGGGGACGUGCCGGUCUGCGACGUGAUCGAGGCCACGAGGAUCGGCAUCGACAGGGCGGGCAAGGAGUCCGCUAACAAGCCGCUCCGCUUCUACGCCCGCGGCUGCGCCUGCGUCAGCGUGCGCGACAAGGCCGAGGCUCUGGCUGAGGGCGCGCCGUCGUGACCUAGGGUCACGACCACCUAGAAGGCCUGCGCGUGACGUCAACAUUAGAUGAUCGCUUGUCCCAGUUUCUUGGGUGUAAUGCAGGCUUUGUCUUCUAGGUGGUACAGCACACCAUCGGGCCAGGGUGCACUACGGGUGUUGAUCGGGAGGGAAGCAUCUGCAAGCUUGGUGCCACUCACUGGGCACUUGGCCGAAAACGAGCUAAACUGAAGGCAGUUUCUUGUUGCUAGGCGCUGAGUGAGAAAAGGCCUUCCAGCAUCGGGUGAAGGCUCAACGGGAGCCAUACUCCAAGCAUUCACAUAGCUUGCGUGUCAGCCGAAAAAGUCUGUAGUCCUUGCAUCAAGAGAAGCGCAUAAAGAAUGAACAACUAGCAGAUCAGGAGGGCAAGUCGUGAUCCUCACUGGACUGUUCAAUGUGUGCGUCGAGUUGCCCUUCUCCUUAAAAAUGAUCUGCUUUGAUUCGUUUCUUUUUAGGAAACAAGUAGCAUAUCACUUAGUUUGUUUUCACGAAGACCAGUGAGUGAUCGAGUUUGUCAUUCUUUAUGGCCAGAGUAAUCAGCAACUGUUAGGGCUUUCCUUCCCGAGGAAGCUAUACAUGACAAAGCUUGUCUUAAAAGGGCCCUGCAAGGACUUUUUUACUGGUUCAUAAUUUGCACCGAACCUGAGCGCACUGAACAUAGUAACUUAAUGAAACUUUUCUCGAAUUUCGCUUUAAUUUAAAAGUACAAAAACAAACAAAAAAUAACUUUCUUCAU